AUGCACAGAUUGGCAUUACGUUACAGCUAAUCAGAAAGGCUCAGUCACAAAAAUUAAUAUUCUGAUUAAUAACAGAUGGGAUAUGGUAAUAAAGAAAAUAUCAAUCACACAAUUCCUGCAAUGAUUCCCCAGCAGCAGAAACAAUAAGCACGAGGGACAGCAACUUUACUUUGCCAGCAGAGUCGAUAAGGAUCAAAUGUUAAUGUUGUGUGUUCUUCUUCCGCACAUUCAAAAGGUCAAACACAGAAUCCAGGCUCAUACAGUAAAUACUGUCAGUAUUAGAAAGUACAAAGGAGAUGCUCAUCUUCCUCCAGAGCCGAAGUCGAUUCUUACAACAGGCAUCACCCCAUUUACUUCUCCAGCAGUGGAGGAAACAGCAGGCGAGACAUGUCUUGGUGUUGAGAAGCUGCACCAUUUAUAGACUGACAGUCUGUAAUCUAUGCUGCACAUUUACUGUCAGAUUGACAGCUUACUUCAAACUUUUUUCUCUACCCCCACCUGUACUCACUGUCACUUUUCUGCCGCUCGCUCUCUCUUACUCAAAUAAGGGUACAUACAGGAACAUUUCUGUAAGUUUCAAAUGCAACAAAAAUACCAGGACAAACUGAUUUGAUUAUCAGUGGGGAUGGACCAGUUAGCUUGCAGAUGAAAACAAGAUGCAGGUGAGGAGGCUGACUGAGAAGGCUGCAACUGCAGAGCAGAUGAGAUAAGUGGGAACAGGUGAGUGGGGAGCGAAUGUAGAAGGUAACAAGAGAGAAGAAGAAGAAGAAGGAAAAAAAGCAUCAGUGAAAUACUCACUGCAUCAGUCAAUAUAAAUGUGAGUGUUAAGACACCGACACUUAAUUGACCCUAAUUAGAUGUCUGAAUGUGACUCCCAGGCACCAAGCUGAUGGCUCAUUGCAGAGGCGGGACAGCUGACAAGAAGAACAUACACCUUGGCAGCUCACAGGCAGCUGGGAAGCCCCAUCAGCUGUUCAGCAGGAUGCCUCAGAGGAAAAGGAGUUUCACAUUUGGAGCUUAUGGAGGAGUGGAUAAGAGCUUCUCCAAGACCAGAACCUUAUGGAAACAAGAUGGAAGGAUUCCUCGUAUCUCUGAUGAAGUAGAGCCAUCGCUGACACAUUCCCACCCUCCAUUUCCUCUUCCCUCACUUUCAAAGACCUCGGACCUGUUUGCCAUCAUCGAAAGGAUGCAGGGUUUCAGAAUGGAUGAGCAAAGAUGCCCCCUCCCUCCCCCCCUCAAGACAGAAGAGGACUACAUCCCUUAUCCCAGCGUUCACGAGGUUCUGGGUCGCACCAGCCCUUUUCCACUCAUCCUGCUGCCGCAGUUUGGAGGCUACUGGAUUGAGGGGACCAAUCACGAGCCUAAAGACCCAUCAGAAGCUGAACAGCCCCCAUGUCCUACCUCCCACAUCAAACUGGAGACAAACAGCACUGCCAAGAUCUACAGGAAGCAUUUCAUGGGCAAGGAACACUUUAAUUAUUACACCAUGGAUGCUGCCCUGGGACACUUGGUCUUUUCUAUGAAGUAUGAUGUCAUUGGGGAUCAAGAGCAUCUGCGCUUGAUGCUUCGCACAAAGCUAAAAACCUAUCAUGAUGUGAUUCCCAUUUCCUGCCUUACCGAGUUCCCCAACGUGGUUCAGAUGGCCAAGCUUCUUUGUGAAGAAGUAAAUGUGGAUAGGUUUUAUCCUGUCCUCUAUCCAAAGGCAUCAAGACUUAUUGUCACCUUUGAUGAGCAUGUGAUCAGCAACAACUUCAAGUUUGGAGUUAUUUACCAAAAGUUUGGCCAGACAUCAGAGGAGGAGCUGUUUGGGAACAUGGAAGAAAGCCCUGCCUUUGUUGAGUUCUUAGAGUUUCUGGGCCACAAGAUUGAGCUUCAUGACUUUAAAGGAUUUCGUGGUGGGCUGGAUGUCACUCACGGGCAGACAGGAACAGAAUCUGUCUACACAAGUUUCCAUAAUAAGGAGAUUAUGUUCCAUGUGUCCACCAAGCUGCCUUACACAGAGGGAGACUCACAGCAGCUGCAGAGGAAGAGGCACAUAGGCAACGACAUCGUAGCCAUCGUGUUCCAGGAGGAGAACACACCGUUUGUACCAGACAUGAUCCAGUCCAACUUCCUGCAUGCCUAUGUGGUGGUGCAGGUGGAGAAUGCAUGCACGGACAAUGUCACCUACAAGGUGUCUGUGACAGCUCGGGAUGAUGUACCUUUCUUUGGACCUGCUCUGCCUGACCCUGCCAUCUUCAAAAAGGGUCCUGAAUUCCAUGAGUUCCUCUUCACUAAGCUCAUCAAUGCAGAGUACGCCUGCUACAAGGCUGAGAAAUUUGCCAAGCUUGAGGAGCGCACACGCUCAGCCCUGUUGGAGACUCUGUACGAGGAGCUGCACAUAAACAGCCAAUCCAUGAUGGGUCUGGGUGGAGAUGAAGAUAAGCUGGAGAACGGGGGCGGAGGAGGAGGAGGAGGAGGAGGAGGAGGAGGCUUCUUUGAGUCCUUUAAGCGGGUCAUCCGCAGCAGAAGCCAGUCUAUGGACGCCAUGGGCCUCAGUAACAAGAAGUCACACACAGUCUCCACUAGUCACAGUGGCAGCUUUACCCACAAUCCCGCAGAGAGCCCCAAAACCCCAGGGAUUUCAUUGCUUGUUCCAGGGAAAAGUCCCAGUAAAUAUGGACGCCGAGGCAGUGCCAUAGGGAUAGGAACAAUAGAAGAGUCACUGAUCAUUCCUGGGAAAAGCCCAACCAGGAAAAAGUCUGGGCCCUUCAGUUCUCGUCGCAGCAGCGCCAUUGGCAUCGAGAACAUCCAGGAGGUCCAAGAGAGGAGCCGAGAGGUGUCUCCCAACACCCAGAGGACACCGGACAGCAGUUACUUUCCGCAGGAAAACAGAUCAGACAACUCAUCCAAUCACAGUUCUCCUGAAUUUCCUACUACUAAGAACAGUUUGGUGAUGUGUUGCAGGGCGCCAUCCAUCCCCGAGGCUCAGGACCUCUCCCGUUCCUCAUCCAAUGCCAGCAGCUUUGCCAGCGUAGUUGAGGAACAGGAGGCAGAGGAGGAGUACGACACAGGACAGGAAAGUGUGUCUUGUGUUGCGCCGCUCAAGAGAGACUCAUCUGUGUACAGCUCUGCAGUGGAGGACAGUGCAUGCAGUACCAGUCAGGGAAGUUUUCCAGCAGCUUCUCAUCUUCAGCAGCAAGCUGAUGGAGUGAAGACAUCAGAGCCGAAAGGGACAGACAGCCAACCCAAGACGGAGCACCCCUCGCAGGAGCAAAAGUUCUCAUCGAAUUGUUAGCCGCACUCCUGUGAUCACUACAUCAACUUCUAUUUUGAGCAUUCCCAUAAGAGGCAUCUUUUGCCAAAAUUAAGUCAAGGGCAUAUGAACCCCACCCCCGAUGCAGAAGAGGAGCAGAGUUAGAAGUCAGAUAAAGGGACUGAUAAAGAGCCAGAUUUGUAUGUUUAGCGUGGAUCUGCUGCCUGCCGUGACAGACACCUAGCUCCAUGUCCCUACCUACUGCCCUCAUUCUAGCUCCAUGUGGUCCCCUUUGAAUGCUCAAGGCAAAGGAAAUAAAACCCCCACAUCAAUGCAGCAAUGCAGUCACUACUGACUGUCAUCUGUCAGCUGGCUAAGUCUGGCUACCUGCUCAUUCUUCAGGCCAGUAUCCUUUGAAACCUGAUUCUUACUGUAAACGCUUAUAUGUUGUGUGUCCUCUUUGAAAAAUCAGGAUUUGAACACGGUUUAAUUUUAUGACUUUGAGAGAAAUGAAAGGAAUGGAGACCGAUCAAACAACGGCUGUUUCUUUUAACUUGUGAAGCAGUGGGUUGCACUAGAGAGGAAAAUGUAUUUUUAAUGUCAACCUCACAUCCCACUGUGACCUUGUACAUGGGUUAAACUUUGAUGUACUAGGUGUGUGUGUGCGUGUGUGUGGCUGUGUGUGGCUGUCUGUCGGGCCACUUUUUGUGUUUCAUUCAUGAUCUAUUCUUCUUCUGAAUAUUCUGCAGUGGAUAUUUGUCGUGUUUUACGACAGUUUUGGUAAAUGUGUCCUGUUUUUGAUGGAGAGUAUGUUUGUGAUGUAGUUAUUAAUAGCAUGAGUAACCUUCGUACUGGGUGUGCGAAAGGUGAGAUAUACCACAGAAAACGCAUCUGCAGUUUUUAAAUUCAAAAUUUAACAUUUUAACAGUAGACUCUGGAUGCUACAUAAUUAGAGUAAAAUGACAGCACUGUGCAUCCUCAGUCCACACUUUAAAGGACUGCUGUUCAGACCUUUGUCUCCAAAUACACUUUCUCACACACUACUUGUUGAUUUGAUGUCCGUGUAAGAGUGUGUGCGUAUACAACAGUACUGUGCAUGGUGUAAAUCUGCUUGGCAAAAACUUCUCCUCUGUACACUGGUGCCAUGCUUGACAUAGCGGUGUUGUCCCUGUGAUUUGUGUUUUAUUGAAAACCAGCCAACAUCUCCAGAUGCAGCGCACAUUGCUAAUAGGGAGCCAAAUGCCAGUUUCCUACUUUAUUUGUAAAGUGUAAUAUAUGUAUGUGAUCCAAGCACUACAUUUUCAGUUAUUUUGAAAUGCUGACAUUUUGAAGAAGCUGAUUUGUUGCUGAAUAGGAAUUACACUGUGACUAGUCUUGACGUUGCCUUUCUAAUGAUUGUGUCGAGUGAGCUACAUUGAAGGAGACACUGCGCUGCCAGCUGGCAACU